CCGGCCAUCACGGCAGCGGACACAUCUGAGAUCUCCUUUUGGCAGCUGGAUGAGAAGGGCAUGCCACCAUAAAGGAGGGAUCACUGAAACGAGGUUAAAGUUGUAUUCAAAAGCAACACCAGUGCUGUACGUUGCACGUAUCACCACUAUUGAGGGUCAAUACCUCUUCCCUGGAGUCACUGUCAGAGUUCUAGAACUGCAUUUGGGGAAAUCAAGAACUGAAUACGUUCCUUUUUUAUUUCUGCUCAUUUUCAGGGUUACGUUUCUUGAAGAGUUGGGCCUAGCAAUAUGGCAGCGCACGUUCGAUAAGAAACCCCGUAAAGCGCUGCCCCUGAGGGCAUCAGAGGAGGAUAUUGAGAGUAAUCUGGACAUAGCAGCUUUCUUCCAAGGAUCUCAAAACACUCUAAGGACAUGCUUUUCUCUGCAACCUUCCUCUCACUCCAUUUCUAUGAGAACUCUUCCUGCAAAUUGGGUCCCUAAGAGGAUUAGUGAAGGGGAUACCAAUUUAUUUAUACCCACCUCAGCGUGGCAGCAGACAGACAUUGUAAGUUGCUGGAUUAUUAAAUGGUUUGUAACAUGUGAAAGAAGCUUCCUUCUUCUAGUGCAGUUCAGAGUGGACAGGUGUCUACAUCACAGCCACUCUGAACUGACCCCCAGCUCCUGCAUUUUUUUCUCUUCUUAACCUGUUCACGCUGGCAAUACAAAUGGACAUGCUGAGGAGACUAAGUGGACUACAGAGAUUCAGUCCCUUCAAGUGUGAGAUAGACUGCUGUAGGGAUACAUUAUUGCUAUGUUGUAGAUGCACAUUAUUGCUGUUCUCAGGGCAAAGAUGCCUUUGGUCACCACGGAAAAGUUUUCAGGCAUCUUUCCGUUGCACUUAGUACACUGGAAAAAAAAAAAAA